AUGGCAUACGGCAAGGUGCUUCACUCGGCCAGUGUUCACGACAUGGCGCUAAAGUUCCCGCAGAAGCAAAAUGCUUCUACCGAGUCAGUUGAAACGUCGCUGACAAAGGAGCCACAAUCUUCAAUUACGGGGGUUUCAGGCGCUGAAAAUGCAGGCGCGGUCGUCUUUCUAUUUCCGCCCAAGGAGCAACUAUGCUGGUCUAUAUCAAGACUCUGGCUUGUGUGGAAGUUGUGUUUGCUCAAUAUUUUGAAGCCGCGAGUCGAUCAGCUACUUGCGGCGAACAAAAAUGGGUUGCGGAGUGUACAGGCCCUGUUCUCAAAACAGAAGAUAUGGUAUCUCGAGGUCAUAGCUGUGCAUCCGUCCUUGCAGUCGCGUGGGAUUGGAAGAGGUGUGAUGAAAUGGAUUUUGAGACAUGUUGGAGACCAGCCAAUCUAUCUGGAGUGUACGUGUCGAGAAAAUAUCGAUUUCUAUGAGAGCUUUGGGUUCAAGGUUGUUGAGGUGGUCGAACUCAUGGACAAGGAACAGAGUCUGAAGUAUUGGACCAUGGUUCGUUCGGAGAAAAUAUCACCAGGAAAAGAUCUAUAG